UUCCGCAAGACGGCGCUACGACUGGGCGUCUUUGACACAUAACCUCACAAAAAGGCCAUUUUUUCCUCUGGCAGUGCGGAAACGUUUUCUCUUUGUUUUUCCGGUGAAAAACCCGAAAGUUUGAGUGUUUUGGCCAUCGGGCACCUUGCUAGUGGACAGCAGGAAGCAUGGCUGGUGGCGGAACGACCACAAAAGUUGUGCAAAUCACAAAUAUUGCACCCCAAGCGACCAAGGAUCAAAUGCAAAAUCUCUUUGGGAGCAUUGGGAAAAUCGAUGAUUUGCGCCUCUAUCCUACCAUCCGGGAUGUCUCGUGUCCAGUUGUUUCGAGAAUCUGCUAUGUGAAGUACCAGGAGAGCAGCAGUGUAGCUGUGGCUCAGCAUAUGACCAACACCGUCUUCAUCGACCGGGCAUUGAUUGUCAUUCCCGUGUACUCAGGCUUGAUUCCGGACGAAUACAAAGCCCUAGAGAUGUCCACGAGUGGUACUUUGGUCCCUGGACUGCAGUCUGCAGGAUCCAAGUUGCCACCUGAGUUGGUGAAUCGCAUCGAUGGGAUACCUCCGAGUCAGGUGAUUAUGACAACAGAUCCGAAGCUAGAGCUCAACAAACUGCCCCUCUAUCCGCCGCUUCCGGUGAAUUUUGACGCCAGGAAGAUCGAGGAGACCCGUAGGACCAUUAUGGUCAUUGAUAUAAGUUCCGAUUGGAAUAUUGAGGACCUCAUGGAGUUCUUCAGUCGCGCCGGGGAGGUCAAGUACGGCCGGAUUGCCGAAGUGGAGUACACACGGCAUGCUAUGAUUGAAUUCACUGAGCAAAAAUCCAUUAUUGAAGCAUUCAAGCUUCAUGGAGUUGAAUACAAGGGAUCUCCCUUGAGUGUCUACCACUCCACUCAGCCCAUCACGAAGCCCGAAACUAAGAGCAAUGAAGCGGCCCAGAAGGAGAUUGAGGAGGCCAUGUGCAUCGUCAAGGAGGCCCAGAACAUGAUCUCAGCUGCCAUUGAUCCAGUUAUUGGGAUGCUGUCCAAGGAUAAAGCUCCCAGUCGAUCCAGGCGCUCAAGAUCACGUUCCCGGGAACACCGUCACUCCCGCAGUCGCUCAAGGAAACGCUCGUCGUCAAGGAAGCGCUCCAAGUCCAGGAGACGAAGUCGCUCACGUUCUCGGUCGCGUUCUCGCUCCAGAACACGCUCGAAACGUUCUCGACGUCGCUCCAGCAGCAAAACAAAACGCUCCUCUUCGCGCUCCAGAAAGCGCUCCCGGUCCAGAUCCAAAAAGUCUCCGUCGAGACGCUCGAGAUCCCGGGAUCGUCGCAGGAAGUCCCGAUCGCGCCAUCGCAGUCGCUCUAAGUCCAAUUCAUCUCGACACAGUCGAUCACGCUCCCAUCGUCAUUCAUCGAGGGACAGGAAGACUUCAUCGAGAUCCCAUAGGCGUGAGGAGCGCAGCAGUAGACGCAGCAGGAGCCGAUCUAGGUCCAAGAGGAAAGAGUCCAGUCGCUCUUCGAGGCGUCGCCAUACACCUGAGCCAUCGUCCAAGAGAUCCUCAAAGGAUGAGAAGAUCCAGCGGGAUUACGAUGAUGAGGAGAAGAUUGGGCAGGAUGAUGCUCCUCCGCCGCCGGCUGAGUCAAAAAGGGAGCCUCGAACACCUUCACCUGAGAAAUCAGACAACAUGGACAUCUCUCCGUAGAUUCCCUAAUCUCUAUUCCCUGAAAAAUUGGGAGUUUUUAUUCAAUUUCUCUGUAGAAUGCACGGAAUAAAUUCAUUUGGCAAAUACACAAA